CACAAAGGUACUUUCUAACACCAAUGCGGAACAUAUGCAAAUCAAAACUCGGUUUCAUUUAAUUUUCAGCAGACGAAACGUGUGAAGGCGGCAAAAGCUUUGACUCACCUUUAAGUCCCCGGGGAAUAUUAUCACUCAGAAAUAUUUCCAGCCAAGUAAUUUUGAAUUGACGGAAUAUUUGGAUUCAUCGAACUGCAUGGAAUGCAAACAUCACAUAAGCAAAGCUCACACUCGAAGCAGACGAUUCGGUAGAUAGACACACGGUAAUAUUUUCCGCGUUGUCAACGCUCUACAGACGAUACACACACGUUUUCUUGUAACACUUCAGCAUUAGCCAUAGGCGGCCCUAGUAACACUUGCAGAUACGACAGUGUAGCAAUUAAAAUUCAUCACCAUCGUCACUUGUGUUUUAUUAUUUUAUUCUCAUUAGCUUUAAAUUUACGAUGACUAUUGGAAUCAGUUGAGAAUAACUAACAAGCAAGGUAUAUAAGUUGGAAUACACUUCGCGUAUCAUCCCAGGAACGUUCAUUCAAUUUUGCGAGACGCCAAUUCAAAUUUGUGUGGACUUUAUAAAACUAGAGGAAACUUACUACACGGGAAUACAAUCAUGCUUUACGAGUUGAUUCUGUUGAGUUUAUUAUCGACUUGUACAGCCACCGAGGAAUUUAGACACUGGUGGCAUUAUUGCGGUACAGACGGUCCGGACGAGUGGUACAAUAUACGAGCAGUUUGGAGAAUGUGUAAAGAAGGGAACAGUCAAUCGCCCAUCAACCUGCAAGCCAAUAGGCUGACCUACGACCGUGAUCUGAAUGAGCUUAAAUUUGAAGGCGAUGAUGAGUUGAGCGGUGAGAUAGUGAAUACUGGUCGCCAUUUGCAGUUUGUUGCCGACGAGAAUAGUGAAAAAGCUUUCAGAGUGUUCGGUGGUCCACUCCCAUAUACAUACACCCUCACCACUAUCAGGUUACAUUUUGGAAAUACGUCACAGCGUGGAUCAGAGCACCUUGUAAAUGGCAAAGCGUUCCCAGGAGAGGUCCAGCUUAUGUUUUACAAUAAACAAUUGUAUAACGAUUACGACACAGCGAAGGACGCGACAAAUGGAUUAGCUGUAAUAAGUAUUUUCACUCAGUUAGGAAACACAACAAACGCUGAACUAGACAAGCUGACGUCACGAACUGUAUUAAACAAGCUAGUAUUUGCAG